UUUACUUCAUGGCUCCUUUCAGCGAACAGUUUUCAGUAAAGAAAUGUUUGUCAGCUGCAUUAGUUGACCCAGAGUCUCGCUAAAAUGUUUUAGUAUUUUUCACUCGUGUUUAUUUAUAUCUUUAUUUAUUUAUUUUAAGUAGUUUUGACAUUUCCCACGUGACAAACCGGGCUCAAUGAUGGAGGAGCAGAGUCAGGACACCUGCGUCGGAGGUGUGGAGACGUCUGUAAAGGUUGAAGAGGUGGAAGAAGAGAAGCUGACAGAGAUGGCAGCUUUAGACGCAGAGGAGGAAGAUGAGGAGGCUCUUCCUCACUCAGAGAUCCUAGAUAUUUUCGAGGAGGGACUGGCUCGACUGGUGCAGGAUCCUUUACUCUGUGAUCUGCCAAUCCAGGUGACUCUGGAGGAGGUGAAUUCUCAGAUUGCAUUGGAGUACGGCCAGGCGAUGACUGUGAGGGUUUUAAAGGCAGAUGGCGAGAUAAUGCCCAUUGUGGUGGUGCAAAAUGCCACUGUGCUUGACCUGAAGAAAGCCAUUCGCAGAUUCAUGGAGCUGAAACAACAGCGUGAAGGUGGAGUGAAACAUGUCAGCUGGAGAUAUGUUUGGAGAACUUAUCAGUUGGUGUUUCAGGGGGAAAAGCUCGAGGACGACAAGAUGAGGAUUAAAGACUACGGGAUCAGGAACAGAGAUGAAGUGACAUUCAUGAAGAGACUCAGGAAAAAGUGAAAUAUCACAGUAAAAAAAAAACACCCGGUUCCUGCAGUGGUGCUACCUGCCUGGCGGACUUAAAAUUAUUUUCAGUAUUCAUGAUUGCAAGACUUUUUAUUUCAAGUGUUUUGGCAGUCUUGUGACAUUGCUGUGGACAUUACAAGCUGAGCUGCUUCUCCAUGAGGCUGCGUGUAAAUAUGAUAUCUGGAGCUUUUUUACUGCCAGUGUGCAGUGAUUUUGUACGGCUGUUUUUAAACAUUAAACUAUAUUACGGUAUUUUGUUUUUA